CGACAGCGUUGUCAGUCUAUCCGCUCCCUCAUCCUUGUGCUCCAGAUCUCCAACUCUUCUCGUACUUCAUCGCUAUCCAUCGUGAUCUUAUCGCCGCUUGACCAUUCCAGAAGACGUUGCACACCCGCUCAUUUGGUCACAUCCCUUGCGCAGAUGCGAUAGCACACGACCCGCCGCCCUUACAUGAGCACGAUGCUUGGCUUCCGGCCGCUGCAAAUAGCAAAGCGGACGUUGCAGCCCUAUAACGAAAUUCCCUCGUACGACGUUGAAGAUCACGAUUACGACGAGAAGCGCUAUGACAGCGAGAACGACAGCUCCACAUCCUCACCCUCCGCCUCCCCAUAUUCCUCCCGAGUCCCGUCCGGCGCGUAUGCCUCUCCACGGCGGAGACCAGGCUUCAGGCCGACCGUGAGCGCCUAUAGCUACCGGAACCCACGCGCAUUCACUCGAUACCUGGGGCUAGCAGUUGGGACUACUAUAAUACUAUUUAUCUUGUUUCUGGUCAGGGCGAGUUGGGCGUCAAUACGGAGUGUGGAAUUGGGUCUGCAUAAGCCUCCGCCACCACCUCCGGUAUGGGAGAGUUUUCCCUUUCUAAAGAGAUACCACGGGGGAAUACGGACGCUUGUGAGCAGGAAAGAGAACGUGCCGGAAUACCCAACCAAGCAGGAUAUUGAUCCUGACUCGCCUGAGACGGCGGAGCUGCAUAAAGACUCAUUAAAGAAAAAGAGAACCGAUGGAGUCAAAAUACCCCCUUCCGACGUUUUCAAUCCAUACCCCGACUACAAGGACUUCGAAUAUGUGGAUGAGUACGGGCCGGUGGAGACAUGUUACCUGGAUGCGAAUGACACAAUCCGGAUACCACCACUACGCAUAUAUAAUGGAGUAACAAAAGGUAUGCCUGAAAACGUCAUGGGAUCCUAUGAACUGUUCGGGCUUCGCAACGAUGUGUGCUUCGAGCGCUUUGGCCGGUUAGGCCCCUAUGGACUUGGGUAUAGCAGGAAAUAUGGUGGCACAGGAGCAGCUAUGGAAGGGGAUCGGGAAGGCGCAGAGGAGGUCUGGAAAGAGUACCCUGAGGUGGACUAUCGCGAGGUGAAAUGGGGUGAGGCACUCGAUCGGUGUCUCGAAAAGAAUCGAGACCGUUUCAAACCGUUGCCGGAAGGAAGAAAUCACUUCUUCCAAAUCAUGGCUAUGAAGGGUCCGGGCGCGGAACAAACCGAGGCCCCUCCGGAAAGUGGGAAGGAGAGCGAGGGUCCGAAAUACACGAACGGCACUGUCCGACCUCAGCCCAAGGCCCAACAUAAAAACCUCCUUCCUCGCACUGCCGUCCUUAUCCGAACAUGGCAUGACUAUCAGUAUGAUGACGAGGACUUGCUCUUCCUUCGUGCAAUGAUUUCCGAACUCAGCAUCCAGUCCGGCGGCGAGUAUGUCGUACACUUCCUCAUCCAUGUCAAGGACAACGACAAGCAGAUAUGGGCAUCAGAGAAAGUUUAUCAAGAAGUUCUAGCGGCCUCUUUGCCGCCAGAGUUUGCAGGUAUGGGGACCCUCUGGUCGGAACGUCAGAUGUCCCUUAUCUAUGGUGGCUUGGAAGAGUCCAACUACCGUGGACUCCCUGUCUAUGGUGCCUAUCGGUCCACCUUCAUGCCAGUGACCUACUUUGCGUACCAACAUCCGGAGUUCGACUUCUUCUGGCACUGGGAGAUGGAUGUGCGUUACACCGGACACUACUACCACCUCUUCAACCAAGUCGGGAAGUGGGCUGACAAGCAGCCCCGCAAAGGGUUGUGGGAGCGCAGUGCGCGCUUCUACGUUCCCGCCAUACACGGCUCGUGGGAGGAUUUUUCUCAGAUGGUGCGCGUACAGACCGAACAUGGUACCAACAGCGCCGCCAACAAGUGGUCCUCGCAUCUUCCUCCGAACCCCAACAUGCCCGAGCCCGAGACGCAGAAGCCUGAAAAGCCCAUCUGGGGCCCGGAGCCACCACUCGACUACCCAGAAAUCGAGCUGGACCCCUCACUUAAACCACCCACCACCCAUGCGGAAGAUAAAUACGAAUGGGGUGUAGGCGAGCCCGCCGACCUCAUCGUCUUCAACCCGCUCUUCGACCCGGACCACACGAACUGGAUCCUCGCCGGCGAUGUCACAGGCUACAACACCACGCGUGGUCUCCCUCCCCGCCGUACCGCCAUCAACACCGCCUCGCGUCUCUCCCGCCGCCUCCUCAUGACCAUGCACAACGAAACCACCUACCACCGCCACACCAUGUUCAGCGAAAUGUUCCCCGGCAGCGUCGCGCUUCACCACGGCCUCAAAGCCGUGUACGCACCGCACCCCGUCUUCAUCGACCGCAAAUGGCCCGUGCAAUACCUCGCCGCCAUCUUCAACAACGGACGUAACGGAGCCAGCGGUGGAUCGCGUCUCAGUGUAUUCAGCGACGAGCGCCAGCAUAAUUUCCUCGGCACCACGUGGUAUUACCAUGCGGGCUUUGCACCGAAUCUGUGGAAGCGGUGGUUGGGGUACAAGGUUGAUAAUGAUGGCGGGGAGGAGGAGGAGAUGGCCGGAGAGGGGAGAAUGUGUCUUCCGGGAGUGUUGUUGCAUCCGGUGAAGCAGGUGGAUUUGGUGGUGGAUUGGGAGGGGCAGAGGAUUGAGAGUGAUGGGGAUACGAAGCGGAGGUAAGCCUGCGGUAGCCUUCCAGGCGGGCUUUGGGCUGGGCCAGGUGUGUGUGUUUUGUAUAUGUAUUGUCGUUGUUGAAAUGUUGAUAUUCAUGAGGUGCUUGGUUGGGCAGGUUGGGGCACUCUUCAUGGGGCGUUAAUAUUGCUGUUUUGCUUCGCUUCCAUGUUAGGGUCUACACUGGAAGAACAUAUAUUUGAGGUUUCUUGUUUAGAUUCUUGGGUUGCAUUUAUAGGGAUAUCCGGUAACAGAGUCGAGAGUGGAACGUAGUAAGUAUAUGCUUUUGCCUGCCAUGCUAUUUCUAAGUAGACCCAUUUUAUACCCAAAACCAAU